AUUUAAACAACAAUCAUAUUUAAAAUUAAUCGAAAAAUAGGUUCAAAGCAAUCUUUUAGUUGUCAAAAAAUAACGGCAAUUCUGAAGAUUUUACCCUCGCAACCAUUUCCCUCGGAGCAGCCUCCAGACGCUUCUGUUCCACUGUGAGAGGGAGUCCGAUUGGUGAAUUCGCUGUUUGUCGUCUCAGAGCCGAAUUGAGUUUGUAAACAGUUUAUUGCAUUCGUUCGGCGAGCGUCUAUGUUUGUGUGCCGUUUUUUAACUAUUAAAUCGUGGAAAAGUUGAAUUUAAAUACAGUAUAUUCAUUUCCUUACGAUUUGCAGACUUUCUUUGCAUUAAUGGGAUGCUUUUUAAGACUUAAAUGGUGACAUUUUGUCGCAUAUAUAAAUUAAUCAAACUAGAGACUGUUUUCGAAUCGCUUUCCUCGUAAAGAAAAAUAGUUCCUUACUCAAUUUUUCUUUCCGGUUAUUAUGGAGUUGGACUACGAAGCUUUUAUCGAAGGCAGAUUGCAGGUCGAUGGGAGAAUGCAGUUCAAUGGCAGAACGAGACUUACCAAGUUAGAGGACGCUAAAAAUAUUGCAAAAUAUAGCUUCCAUUGUCACAGAUCUGUAACAUAUCUAGAUCUCAGUCUCCAAGAAUAUUCCGUGUAUAAAAAAAGAUUUCCAAAUGAAAGAAAAUUUUAUCAUAAAUACGUUUGCACUGAUCAAGGUUUACAGAAAUGUUUACAACCAUUGAGAGAGUAUGAGAAAACAAUUUUACUUCAAAAUUUUCAUCUGGAUAUAAGUAAAGAACGGGAACCUGCCUCUGGAAAUGUUGAAUAUAGUACUGUAAACCAAAAUCGAAUCUACGAUUGUGAAACUGUAUAUGAAGUAAUUCCAGAAAAAUACAUUUAUGAGUAUUAUCUUACUAGAUAUAUUGAAAAGGCCUUAGAGAAAAAUACUGAGAAAUUGUCAAUCAUCAAACUAUGUUUAAAAUUCUUGAAGAACAAAGAUUUUCAAACUUUUUUUAUUAAACCUGGCAAUAAGCGUCGCUUUAUCCCACUUAUAAUUAAAUACUGUUCAGAUUUUGAGCUAUUAGUAAAUGUUUUAAAAAUGAUUAGUUUUGAUAUUUGGAUAAUUUAUGACAGUGAACCAGAUCAAUUGGAAUUUUUUCUGUAUCGUGUGCAUGCCUUAAAGGAAGGGAGAAAAGCAUUGGAAAAGGAUAUGAUCUAUAUGGGUUAUGCAAAUUCUAUGAAAAAGAGUGUCGAAAUACUUCUGAAAUAUCAAAACUGUCCGAAAUUUUCUCGUAGAUCCUAUCAAUAUGCCUUAAGAAACUUGAUAUCAAAAAGACGCAGAUUUGACUCUGCAGAAUUGAUGCAUUUGGUGAAACCAACAGAGAACAAAUUUCAAGGAAUACUAACUUUUCUUGCUUUUAAGGAAAAAUCGGAUGCUGCUUUUCAACACCUGCGACUUCUGUGGAGAUCAUUACCUAUGUGUUUCAUUACUUUAAAUGAAUUCAAAUAUAUGUUUGGACCCAUGUUAGAUCCAGAAGAGAUAAUAGAAAUUUAUAAUUUCUAUACAGAUAUUAUAGAACAGCAUGCUCCCAGCUGUCAACCUCGAAUGUUGAAACAUUAUUGCCGAUUAAAGAUCAGAAAUCUUUUGUAUGAACAGGAGCGUUUGCACGAUGGUAUUGAUGAGCUUGGGUUGCCUUUGGAUUUACAACUGUAUUUGAAACUUAAAAAAUAGUUACUUUCAUGAUUUCAAAACUAUAUACGGACAUAUUACUUUAAUUAGAGAUAGGAGGUACCUCUAGAUUCUGUACGGUCACAUUGUUACAACCUGUACUGGUGUUAGAAUUUUCAUAUGUUUGUAUGUUAAGUAAAUUUACUGUAUCUUUAAAAGUCUUCUCAGAUGUGCAACAAUAAGUACUGAAGAAUUUUCGAAUGAAAAAGAGUUCAUUUAUGAUAUGAUACAGUGAGAUACUAUCAAUUAUAUUUCAUUGUCAAUUUAAGUGAUUAUUAUUACCUUUUGAAUGAAAUAAGAAUUAGGUGAUUGCUUUAUAAGUUUGUUUAUUUUUUUCUCCUACAGAAUCUCCAUUUUUAUAUAAAGUCUGUCUAUUUGUCAUAAGGUUGA